GUCAUCUGAAAGACCUGGUCCAGAGAGACAGACAGUUCUAUUCCCUACCAAAAUGAAGCUGCUGCUGCUGCUGCUGCUGUGUUUGGAACUGACACUAGUCUGUGUCCAUGCAGAAGAAGCUAGUUCUGAGGGACAGAACUUAAAUGUAGAAAAGAUUAAUGGGAAAUGGUUUUCUAUUCUCCUGGCCUCUGACAAAAGAGAAAAGAUAGAAGAACAUGGCAGCAUGAGAGUUUUUAUCGAGUACAUCCAUGUCUUGGAGAAUUCCUUAGCUUUUAAUUUCCAUACUGUUAUAGAUGAAAAGUGCACUGAAAUAUAUUUGGUUGCUGACAAAACAGAAAAAGCUGGUGAAUAUUCUGUGACAUAUGAUGGAUUCAAUACAUUUACUAUACUUAAAACAGACUAUGAUAAUUAUAUCAUGUUUCAUCUCAUUAACAAAAAGGAUGAGGAAACCUUCCAGCUGAUGGAGCUCUAUGGUCGAGAACUAGAUUUGAGUUCAGAUAUCAAGGAAAAGUUUGCAAAACUAUGCGAGGAGCAUGGAAUCAUUAGAGAAAAUAUCAUUGAUCUAACCAAUGUCGAUCGCUGCCUCCAGGCCAGAGAAUGAAGAAUGGCCUAAGCCUCCAGUGUUGUGUGGAGACUUCUCACCAGGACUCCAGCAUCAUCCCUUCCCUUCCAUACAGCAUCGGGUGACAAGUUCUGUGAUCUGGUUCCAUCAUGUUUCACAGAGAAGUCCAAUCCUGGUCUCUCCAGCAUAUUACCUAGGAUAACUCAACAAGAAUCAAAAACUAUCUUUAAAUUUCUCUUUGACACACCCAUGACAAUUCUCCUUGAAUUUCUUCCUCUUCCUGUUCAAUAAAUGAUUACACUUGCACUU